GUAGUGGAAGUAAGGUGUUUGAAUUUUGGAAAGAUAGAGAGUUGGAGUGGUUAAAAUUUCUGGAUUCGAGUAUAGUUAUGGUUAUGAUAGAGCAGCAGUUGGACUUUUCAGAUAAUUAUAAUCGAAUU